GUUUAAUAAACUUUCGUUGUCCAAAAUGCCCACCUGUUCUGUAGCUUAUGGCGGCCAAUGAAAGGGUACGAAUGGUAAAAUCACCUACCACUCACGUUACAAAGUUACAAUUACAAGAAGUAAGUCACAUCUAGGUACAAUCGUGAAGUGAUUACGCUUGGAACUUGGAAUCAAGAGUAUAGCUUCAGAGUACUCUUCCCUCAUUUCCUCAGGCUUGGAUUGACUAAUUACAAAUCACAGGCAUAUAUAUAAUUCAUUCUUUUUCUUCCUCAAAUUCAGUGGGAAAUCAUGUUAUCAUGGUUCUUUUUCCUUCUUUUGUCAACGGAUUGGCGAGAAGUGUGUCAAUCAAGAAAGAGAAGAGAUGUCAAAAGGAUGAUGAAUGGAAAGCUGUGGAAGAAUUGGCAAAGGAAGCAAGGAAGAAUGAAUUGCUAUUGCUUUCAUCUGGAGUUAUUAAGUCCCCUAAGGCCGAUAGUUUUGUUUCUGUGUUCACUAAUAGGGGCCAGAAAGGAGUCAACCAGGAUCGUCUUGUUGUUUGGGAGGAAUUUGGUUGCCAACAAGACAUGAUGUUCUGCGGAAUUUUUGAUGGACAUGGCCCUUGGGGACACUUUGUUGCCAAAAGGGUCAGAAAGCUUGUGCCAGCCUUUUUGCUCUGCAAUUGGCAAGAAAAUCUGGCUGCAACAUCACUUGACCUGGAUUUCAAAAUGGAGGGGGACAAAAGUAUCCAUGGAUUGAACUUAUGGAAGCAAUCCUAUAUAAAGACUUGUGCUGCCGUGGAUCAGGAUCUGAAGCAACACACUGGGAUUGAUUCCUUCCAAAGUGGCACUACAGCUUUGACAAUCAUCAAACAGGGUGAGGAUCUGAUUAUAGCAAAUGUAGGUGAUUCUAGGGCUGUGUUGGCAACCACUUCAGAGGAUGGCAAAUUAACUCCACAUCAGCUUACCACUGACUUCAAGCCAAAUUUACCACAGGAAGCAGAGCGCAUAACACAAUCCAGAGGACUGGUAUUUUCUUUGGAAGAUGAACCAGGAGUAUACAGGGUCUGGAUGCCAAACGCUAAAACUCCAGGACUAGCAAUAUCUAGAGCUUUUGGUGACUACUGUGUGAAGGACUUUGGACUAAUAUCUGUGCCAGAUGUGACACACAGAAAGCUUAUCACUAGGGAUCAAUUUGUCAUCGUGGCAACAGAUGGGGUAUGGGAUGUUAUAUCCAACCAAGAAGCAGUGAAGAUUGUUUCUGCAACGCCACAUAAAGAAAAGGCAGCUCAAAGGCUCGUGAAAUGUGCUAUACAUGAAUGGAAACGGAAGAAAAGUGGCAUUGCUAUGGAUGAUAUGUCAGCUAUUUGCAUUUUUUUAAAUUGUUCCCCCUCUCAUCAACUCCCAAUCACCAAAGCAGUUAAGAAUGCUGCAUGAUUGAACCGCUCAUGGCAGCUUACUUGUAACACGGAAAAAUAUGUACAUAAACUCAUAAAUUAAAAUGGCAUUUGUGGUUGAGUCUAUAGAGUAUACAUUUGUUUUCUUUUGUUAGUAAAACUAUUUGGAAGGUAAAUUUAUCUCAGUAACCAAAAGCACAAGCAUUUUCUGUUUCCCAGAUCAAGAUUCUUUGACUGGCUGAUGAUGCUUAGACAUAAGCAAUGAGGAGCAUUUGUAGGGAAACAUCCUCAAACAAACCAAACCACCAUUCUUUAACGCUGGGCUAGUGGAAAGGGUACACCCCAGCCUAAGUGGUCUUCAUCGGAGACUACUGAACUUACAAGCACCCAAAUUAUGGGCCAAUCCACAAAAAUACUAAGAUUAGAUAAUUUCUUAUAUUCUGCUACAGCCGUUGUUGGCUGCCUUAAGCAAUUCAUAAAUGA